GGACAUUGAGUUCAUGCAAAUAGAGAUGAAAGUCAUCGAGGGGCUCAAGGUUGGCAACGAUUGCCUGAAAAGUAUGCAUGAGAUCAUGUCCAUAGAAGAUGUGGAGAGAAUCCUGGAUGAGACCCAAGAGGCGAUCGAAUAUCAAAGGCAAAUUGAUGAAAUGUUGGCUGGAUCCCUGACGCAGGAGGAUGAGGACGCCGUGUUAGCCGAGCUGGAAGCUAUCACUCAGGGAGAAGAUGUAGCACUUCCAGAGGUCCCCACUGAGCCCGUUCCAGAGGUCCCAGAAGCAGCUCAAGCUGAACCAGAGAGGAGAGCGGCGAAAAACAAGCCAGACAGAGAGAUGCUGGCAGCAUGACGCACCGAUUCUGUGGCUCUAAAUCCAGUGUUGAGCUCGGGUAAAUAGAGUAGGGUCUCUUUGUUCCGAUUUUUGAUAUGAGCGUGUGGAACCUGCACACAUCAGUGCUGCUCAACACGUUUCACACGAUCGGCACUGUCUGUACUCCGGUUCGUUGUUCCCCUGAAGUAAGUACAUGAAGUGAAAUGUUCUGUUACUCUGUGUCUUUUCUGAGUUAGUCGAGCAGUGUUACGUUGUUGCUGUGCCGAGGCAUACCAGAGGAAGAUAAU